AUGGACUGAUUUCCUUAUAUGAACUUUAACUCAGUAAAAUCAUUGAAAUUGUUGCGUUUAUAUUUUUGUCCAGUAUAAUAAUUGCAUGAUCCGCCUUCAUCCCUUUUCAAAGGUUGUGGGAAAACGAUUUAGGUACAGAAUUUGAUAAGGAGGUAUGGCUGAAGAUCUGGCAUUACCUACUUACUAGUCCAAAUAUUAAGAAGACUAAACUACAAAUUCAUAAAUACCCCUGUUAAAUUAAACUGUAUGUUCCCGGACACUUCACCAAAUUGCCCGAAAUGUAGGACCGAGAAAGGAACUUUUUUGCACCUAUUCUGGCACUGCAAUAAGCUAAUGAAAUGCAUAAUUACGGAUAUGAAGAUCAUUCUCUUCAUGGUGAUGUGUCCUGAAUAGGUCCACAAAGGUAGAAAUAUGCACUAUCCUUCUUUUGGAUAUGAAGAUCAUUCUCUUCAUGGUGAUGUGUCCUGAAUAGGUCCACAAAGGUAGAAAUAUGCACUAUCCUUCUUUUGGAUAUGAAUAUCAUUCUCUUCAUGGUGAUGUGUCCUGAAUAGGUCCACAAAGGUAGAAAUAUGCACUAUCCUUCUUUUGCAUAUGUGGGUAUUAUUCUAAACACUGGCUAUUAAUUCUUAUGAGCUCUGUCCCCCAAAAGAGACCAAAUUUGAUUGGGCCGGACCAGAUCAAAUCUGAACCAAUCAUAGACGCCGAUGUUUCACAAGUUUAGACAGCACAGUCAUCUACAGUACAGCACAAACUUGUGAAACAGAUAUUUUGAAAAACAGGGUCGCAUAAAAAACAGAGGGAGAUUUUACUAUAGUUCUGUUGCCAAACUUUGCAUCUGCACAGUUCUUCCAGUAAAUGUGUUUUUGUGAAAUGAUCUGUGUAAGUUAUUCAAAGUAGUCCUUGUGCGUAGAGUUGUAAUGGUUUGUUAAACUUUGAAAUUAAUGGUUUUUGUUUGGCGUCCAUUUUAAAGAGAAAAAUCUUAGUCAAAAGCAUAAAUCCGUUACCUUGGAAAUGCCUAACUGCAGGUUCUCGGUUUAAGGGACCACAAUGGAAAUAAGUCACUUACUUUGUGUAAAAUAUGUGAAAUGUGUGUAUAUACAUUUUUAACUUCAAAUAAAAUCAAUCAAUCAAUGAACCUUCAUAGCCCUAGCACUUGUGGAAUAUGUAGGUAUUGGAUGGGUUUAAAGCAAUAUGGUGAAAGCUUAACAGGGCUGCAAUCAUUGUUUAUACCUAUCCAAUCAUUCAGAUGUACCUGAAGGGCAUAAGAAGUGUAAUGGAGAAAUGUAAGAUCAUAUUCAUAUUUAAAUUCAUAUUUAAAUUGCAUGUGACUGACAAUGUAUAACAUAUUCAGAGUCUCUGUAACCUACAUGAUUCACAUACAGUACUUAUCAACUCUGUAGUCUCCAGACAGACACUCAAGGUGUCGACUGAAUAUUUGGAAUGGUUUUACAUGUCUCUUGUUCGCUGAUAAUAGUAAUUGACGUCAGCUAAUCGCUGAAGGUCCUAGUACAAGGACCGAGGACACAGAGGAACACGUACACACAUAGCGAUGUAUUACAUCAUAUAGCUCAGGGUAUAUAAGCUGUGUUCUUCCUAAUGGAGGUUGAACAAUUUUUCUGCUUUGAAGCUGAUUUUUGUUCCCUUGUUGCGAUCAAUUUUUGCAACUGGAAUUGUAUUCUUAUAUCCACUGGGACUACUAGUGGUUAUUUCAGGAUAUGGCCAGUGACUCUAGUCUAACCAAUAAGGUGCUGACUAUUUAAUUGCACAGGGUUAGAAAGGGAUUGAUUUUGAUUACAGUGUCAGUUUCUAGCAUUUUAUUAUACUCAAUCAGGUAUAUAUAUCUGCAUUAGGCAGAACAGGCUGUAAAGGACAGUAUUGCAGAUACAUGUCUUAUUGAAGAAAGAUACUUAGCUUAUAUCUUAUUGAGCAGGUAUGGCAGUGAGGUGGUGUUCCUAUAGGUUUGUUAUGUUGGUAGUGUUUGCAUGUUAUGCUGAUGCACAGCCCAACUGGUGGUUUCCUCCAACCAACAACCCCCAACCUCAAGUUAAGCCUAAGCAGCCCCAAUGGCCAGAGCCCCAGUGGCCACAGCAGCAAACUCCCCAGAAACCACAACAGCGGACUCCCCAGAGGCCAGAGUCCCAGGGGCCACAGCUGCAGACUCCCCAGGGGCCACAUCAGCAAACUCCCCAGAGGCCAGAGCCCCAGGGGCCACAUCAGCAAACUCCCCAGAGGCCAGAGCCCCAGAGGCCACAACAGCAGACUCCUCAGAGACCAGAGUCCAAGGGGCCACAGCAGCAAACUCCCCAGAGACCCGAGCCCCAGUGGCCACAGCCCCAUGGACCACAGCUGCAGACUCCUCAGUGGCCACAGCUGCAGACUCCUCAGUGGCCUCAUCUGCAGAAUCCCCAGAGACCAGAGCCCCAGGGGCCACAGCUACAGACUCCCCAGAGACCAGAGCCCCAGGGGCCACAGCCGCAGACUCCCCAGAGACCAGAGCCCCAGGGGCCACAGCCGCAGACUCCCCAGAGACCAGAGCCCCAGUGGCCACAGCUGCAGACUCCCCAGUGGCCACAGCUGCAGACUCCCCAGUGGCCACAGCUGCAGACUCCCCAGUGGCCACAGCUGCAAACUCCCCAGUGGCCACAGCUACAGACUCCCCAGAGACCAGAGCCCCAGGGGCCACAGCCGCAGACUCCCCAGAGACCAGAGCCCCAGGGGCCACAGCUGCAGACUCCCCAGAGACCAGAGCUCCAGGGGCCACAGCUGCAGGGGCCACAGCUGCUGACUCCCCAGAGACCAGAGCCCCAGGGGCCACAGCUGCUGACUCCCCAGAGACCAGAGACACAGGGGCCACAGCUGCAGGCUCCCCAGGGGCCACAGCUACAGACUCCCCAGGCACCGGCACCCCAGGGGCCACAGCUGCAGACUCCCCAGAGACCAGCGCCCCAGGGGCCACAGCUGCAGGCUCACCAGGGACCAGAGCCCCAGGGGCCACAGCUGCAGGCUCCCCAGGGGCCACAGCUACAGACUCCCCAGGGGCCGGCACCCCAGGGGCCACAACUGCAGACUCCCCAGAGACCAGCGCCCCAGGGGCCACAGCUGCAGGCUCCCCAGGGACCAGAGCCCCAGGGGACACAGCUGCAGGCUCCCCAGGCUCCUCAGAGGCCACAGCUACAGACUCCCCAGAGACCAGCGCCCCAGGGGCCACAGCAGCAGACUCCCCAAAGACCAGAGACCCAGGGGCCACAGCAGCAAACCACCCAGAGACCAGAGCCCCAGCACCAAACUACCCAGAGGCCAGAGCCUCAGGGACCACAGCAGCAAACCACCCAGAGACCAGAGCCCCAGUGGCCACAGCUACAGACUCCCCAGGCGCCACAGCUACAGACUCCCCAGGAGCCACAGCUACAGACUCCCCAGGAGCCACAGCUACAGACUCCCCAGGCGCCACAGCUACAGACUCCCCAGGCGCCACAGCUACAGACUCCCCAGGCGCCACAGCUACAGACUCCCCAGGCGCCACAGCUACAGACUCCCCAGGCGCCACAGCUGCAGACUCCCCAGGGCCCGGCGCAGCAGCUGCAAACUCCCCAAGGUCCACAGCUACAGACUCCCCAGGCACCACAGCUGCAGACUCCCCAGUGGCCAGCAGUAACUAAAAUUCAAAAUCCGAGAUGCCAAGUCGAGUCUAAGGAUACAGUGCAAUGUGGAACCCCUAAAAUUACUUUGGCUCAAUGUGAGGCUAUCGACUGCUGCUUCAAUGGACAGCAGUGCUACUAUGGGAAGGCAGUGACUGUGCAGUGUACCAUGGAUGCUCAGUUUGUGGUGGUGGUGGCCAGGAAUGCCACUUGGCCCAAAAUAGACAUUGAUACCAUCAUUCUGCUGGGGGGAAACAACGGCCCCUGCAGUCCUGUUGGCAUCACUUCAGCCUUUGCCAUAUACCAGUUCCCUGUCACAGCCUGUGGAACCACUCUGAAGGAGGAAAAUGGUUAUAUGGUUUAUGAGAACAGGAUGGUGUCUUCCUAUGAAGUGGGGGUCGUACCCCAAGGCGCCAUCACCAGAGACAGCCAAUUUGAGCUGCUGUUUCAGUGUAAGUACUCCAAUACUGCGGUGAAGGCUCUGGUUAUUGAGGUGAACAGUGUUCCUGCACCUGCUCCGGUUGCUGUUAUGGGACCGCUCAGAUUGGAACUCAGACUGGCCAAAGGAACUUGUGACACCAAGACAUGUAAAGAUGAGUCCAGUGCCUUCACAUCGUUUUACACUGAGGAAGACUACCCUCUCACUAAAGUCCUGAGACAACCUGUAUACGUUGAGGUGCGCCUCCUGGAGAAGAAGGAUCCCAACCUGGUCCUAUUGCUGGAGCGCUGCUGGACCACCUCUGACCCCAGCCUUGUCAGCAUGCCCCAGUGGGACCUCCUCAUUGAAAAAUGUUCCUACCAGAAUGAUAAGUACCAGACCACCAUGGUCCCUGUGGAACUCUCCUCUGGCCUUCUGUACCCCAGCCACUACAAACGCUUCAUCCUCAAGAUGUUUACCUUUGUGGAUCACACUCUGGCUCCCCGCAAAGAUACAAUUUUCAUCCACUGUAGUGGAUCUUUGUGCUACCCUACUCCAUGGGACUCCUGUGAACCAAAAUGCAACAAACAAAGAAGAGAUGUUGCUUGGAGGAAGACUAGGCAAACUGCUGUGGUCUCCAGUGGAGAAGUGGUCCUGGUUGACAAAAAGCCAGCCUAGCCUUCAAACUACUGAUACUAGCUACAGUUUGUAGCAGGAUAUGAAAUGAUGUACUCCGUCCUUCCAUACCCAUUACAGUGUAGGUAUUGAAAAGCACUGGCAGUACUUUUUCUACGAACCUUUUACCUGGCGAUUGUUUCUAAUUUCUUAAUACGGAAGAAACGUGUCUCUUAUAAACGUCAUUGUCCAGUUGCAGGUGGUACUCCAAAAAUGAGACUAUUCAGAAGAUAUUAAAUCCACUUUUUGCACCGAGUGAGGAGUUCACUCGCCUUUCCCAACAUAUUGCAGGGACUCUUUUCUAUGCGACACGGUUCAGCAACGCGUAGAAGUAGACAGCGCAUCACACAGUGCGACCAAAACAAAGUUCUAUACACAUGCAAGAGGAAUUUGUCAUUAGAUACAAACAGUGGAUUUAAUAUUGUUCUGAAUAUUCUUGGUUUUUUGGAGUUCCAUCUGCAACUGGACAAAUUAGUUUAUAAGACUCUGGAACUUUCUGAAUCGAGAAUGAAGAAUGUACCGCAAAGUAAAGGUUUGUCUAAAAUAUCCUGAUUACGGCUAAACAGCAGUUUAGGUAUGACAUCAGACACAAGCUUUAGCUCUGCCGCUAAAUUUCGUGUUUACAUGGCUAUGAUAAAACAUGAGUUCCUGAUUUCGCAACGUAUUCGUUUCUAAUAAACAGUUGUACCCCCCAAAUGAUAUUGACUUAUUUGUGGAUAUUAAAACCUACUCUUACCACAUAAAUGUGGAUAUAGGAUCUGUAAAUCUAGUCAGGUUUGUUAAGUAAAGGCAUUGUCUUAUUCCUGGAAUCAUUGAAAGCAGUGGUCAAGG